AUGUUGAAGAUGAACCUCAGCUUUAUGGUUCUAGUUACCGUUCUCGUCCUCAGCAACAGCAUUUCCACCUCGCCACUAAGCCUAGAAAUUCGGGCGCCGAAUGAAGAUCUCCAUUUGACAAGCAAGGCACGCCGGUCCUUUGGCAAGGAGAUUCACAGACGCGACGACGAAGGUUACGGGGGGAACAAGGAUUCCGGACCCGACUCUGAAGAUACCCCUGCAGGACCGGAUGAUCUACCCCCUCAGGGUACUGUUCAAGACGCAACAAGCCAACAGCCAAAACGCGAAGGCUACUCGUCUGGUCCGCCCAAUGGCACAGUCCAAGACCCAACCAGCCGUACUUCGGGAGAUCAGAGCUACCCCCCUGGAAGCAACCCCACCCCUCCAGCUCCUGACCAGCCCGAUGACACUGACCAAGACCCGACAGACGGCGCUCCAGACAAACAAGGCUACUCAUCCGGAACCGACGACCAAUCUCAACCCGGGGAUGACGCUCCUAAUGGUACCGUCCAAGAUCCAACAAGCCGUUCUCGGGAAAAGGAAGGUUACUCAUCCGGGAACGGAGCCGCCGCCGCCGCCGGAGCCGAGGCCAAUAGUGACGUCCCUUUAGAUGCCGCCCCAACCCCCGCUGAUGGUUUUGCUAAGCCUUCCCUCGACGCCAGCGCCGCCGCUAAGGCUCAUGCCGCCGCCGGGGUCAAUGGCCAAGCAAACGCCCCUUCGCCUUAG